AUGAAGCGACAACUCACAGAGAAGGCGGCUGCUAACAUGAAGAAAAAGCUCAAACAAGGCUCAUCUGUAGCAGCAGCAUCAUCUUCAUCGGAACGAUCUUCUUCGUCUGCUAGUGGAGCUCUCAACUCAGACAAGAAGAACAACAUGGUGGAAAUUUCUUGGUUUGAUGUGCCUUUGAUUAAUGAAUUAGAAUUUGCAAACGAAGAUGGAUCGGAAACCCUCGUACCUCCAUCUCUCCUUCCAAAGGUGGUGAUUCAAACAGAGCAACUCACAUUAGGUUCAACUCCAAAAGAUGGACUUGAAAUUCUGAAAAAACCAAAAUCCAAACACUCUAAAGAACAAGGAAAGCAAAUGGUGGAUUGGAUCUUUGCUCCUAUCAAUGCAGAACAACUGUAUGAAGAGUUUUUCGAGAAGCGAGUGCUCGUCAUCAAGAGAAAUCAUUUACAUCCCGAUUAUUACAGCUCACUCUACAGCUUGAAUGAAAUUAAGAAGGUCAUUGCAAAUAACAAGUUGAAAUAUUCGGUUGAUUUGGACUUGGCUCUCUAUAGAAACGGUCGCCGUUUUACCUUAAAUCCAAAUAGGGAUGAGGUUGCUGAUCCAGACCUUGUUUGGGAUCUAUAUGAGAACAUGAAGUGUUCCGUACGAAUGUUGAGACCCCAAGAACAAUCGGAUGUGUUGUUGUCUUUAAUUUGCCAUUUUGAGGAAUAUUUUGGUCAAGGAGCUGGUUUGAAUGCAUACUUAACACCAGCCGGUAGUCAAGGAUUUGCUCCUCACUAUGAUGACAUUGAAGCAAUUCUGAUCCAAUUGGAGGGUGUUAAACACUGGAAAAUUUACAGACCCCUCAAUAAUGAACAAUUUUUAUCAAGAUUCAGCUCUAAAAAUUUUACACAAGACGAAGUUAAAGACUUUGAAUGUUUUGAGGUUGUGCUAAAACCUGGCGAUUUGUUGUACAUUCCAAAAGGCAUUAUUCAUCAAGCUGUAACUUCAGAAACAGAACACUCGCUUCAUGUGACCAUAUCUACUUCUCAUUUAAUGAGUUGGUGCGACUAUUUCGAAAAAGCACUUCCCAUGGCACUGAGUAUAGCCACUGCAAAUCAUGUGGAAUUUAGGAAAGCCUUACCAAAAGAUUUCAAAGAAUAUUUGGGAACCAACAUUGCUGAAUCAGACGAUCCAAGAAGAGACGCCUUUAUCGAAACUUGUCAAAAUUUAACAAACGUUAUUCAUCAAUAUUUACCAAUUGACCAAGCAGCAGAUGAGAUGGUAAAGAAGUUCAUGCAUGAUCGACAUGUUGUGGACGGAUUGACCAUUUUAAACACCAAGAAGACUCCUAUUUUGGACGAAAACACAGACAUACUUUCUCUUUCUAUCAAGCUGAAAACAGCCAAUUCUGCUCAUAUUGUCAUUGAUAAUUUAUCUAAAAGCGAAAAUGACAGCAAGGAGGAGGAACAAGAAGAAGAUGAAGAGGAAGGUGAUGACGAUGAAGUAUUUUCAAUUGUUUACGCAACACAAAACACUCGCAUCUAUCACGAGGUGGAGUUACAACAUUUAGAUUUGGAUGGUGUCUUUUUAGAGUCAAUUCAAACCAUCUUUUCGAAUUAUCCUUCCGGAGUUGCUGUUUCAGAAUUGCCCAACCUUACGGACGAUGAAAAAGUCACACUUGUACAACAACUGCUCCAAGAGGGCAUUGUCGAAACGGUAACACCAUAG